AAGCGUAAUGUCGCACAGAGGGAACACCACGCGACAACUGUAGACAAGAUGGCGACUGCGGUUUGUACCCGAUGUGUAGCUUAGGUGAAGACACCGCUAGUAGAAAAAAAACACAACAGAUUAACCAUGCCCUGGGAGGAGGUAGUUGUACCACUGGCUGCCUUCACCAUGGUGAUGUGAAGUGGUUGUGACUGACUGUGAUGGACAGGUGUAAGCACGUAGGUCGCUUGAGGCUUGCGCGGGACCACUCCAUCUUGAACCCGCAGAAAUGGCACUGCGUGGACUGCAAUACCACCGAGUCUGUGUGGGCGUGCCUCAGCUGUUCGCAUGUGGCUUGCGGGCGCUACAUAGAGGAGCAUGCACUGCAGCACUUCCAGGAACAGCGCCACCCUUUGGCCUUGGAGGUGAAUGAGCUGUAUGUCUUCUGCUACCUGUGUGACGACUAUGUGCUGAAUGAUAACGCCACCGGUGAUCUGAAGUUGCUGCGCAGCACUCUCAGCGCCAUAAAGAGCCAGCGCUAUGAGGUCACCACAAGAAGCGGGCGCACACUACGCUCUGCUGCCACGCCCUUGGAGCAGCCAGCACAUGGCAACACACGGGAGCUGCAGUUGCGGGACGAGGACCGCAUGUUCACAGCACUGUGGCACCGCCGCCGGGCGCUAAUGGGUCGCAUCUUCCGUGUCUGGUUUGAGCAGACGGAGUGCGGGAGGAGGCGCCUGGAGGAGGCACGGCAGCAGGAAGAGGAGGAGGAGAGGAAAAGGGAGGCGCGAGAGAGGAGGCGCAAACUCAAACGGCAGCUCAGGGAGGAGCUUGAGAGCGCUCCGCCCCGGAAGAGCAGCCGCAUCCGGAGGCAGAGCCAGAAAGCAGCUGCUGCUGCUUCCCCAGCAACCGGCAAGCCAGUUAAAUCCACCAAACAUAAGCCGGUUCCGCCUCCUGCCACACGGACUUCUAAGGGCAAAAUGCCUCAGCAAAGGCCAGGCCCCCAGGCCAAGGCCAAACAGACUCGAGCUCCGCCCCCCAAACCGACAGGUGACUCCCCUGUCAAAAGGCGGCCCACUGUCACACCAGGUGUGACGGGGUUGCGUAACCUUGGUAACACGUGCUACAUGAACUCCAUACUGCAGGUUUUGAGUCACUUGCACGUGUUUAGGGAAUGCUUCUUGAGACUGGAUCUGAAUCAGGCCCUGGAGCUGCUGGCCUCUGCAGUCAGCCGCAAGCUAGGGCUCUCAGCUCAGCAAGGCACCCAGCCCAAAGCCUCCGGACAGGGCUCAGGGCUCAGCGGGGGAGCGUCCCGCUCACGGAGUAUGGAGCUCAUCCAGCCCAAAGAGCCCAGCUCUAAACACAUCUCCCUCUGUCACGAGUUACACACUUUGUUCCAGGUGAUGUGGUCAGGGAAAUGGGCUCUGGUGUCUCCCUUCGCCAUGCUGCACUCAGUGUGGCAGCUGAUCCCAGCGUUCCGAGGCUAUGCGCAACAGGAUGCACAGGAGUUCUUGUGUGAGCUCCUGGACAAGGUCCAGCAUGAGCUGGAACGAACUGGAACGCUAACGCCUGCCACUGUGCCAGCCAAUCAGAGACGACUUAUCAAACAGGUGCUCAGUGUGGUCAACACCAUCUUUCAUGGCCAGCUGUUGAGUCAGGUGAGGUGUUUGGCUUGUGAUUACCGCUCCAACACGGUGGAGCCGUUCUGGGAUCUGUCAUUAGAGUUUCCCGAGCGUUAUCAUAGCAACAGUAAGGAUGCUGCACAGGUUCCGUGUGGACUGACGGAGAUGCUGGCCAAGUUUACAGAGACAGAGGCUUUGGAAGGAGCCAUUUAUGCCUGUGACCACUGCAACAAUAAACGACGGCGUUUCUGCUCUAAGCAAGUGGUUCUCACAGAAGCUCAGAAGCAGCUAAUGGUCUACAAACUGCCUCAUGUCCUGCGACUGCACCUCAAGCGCUUCAGGUGGUCUGGUCGCAACCACAGGGAGAAAAUUGGUGUUCAUGUGGAGUUUGAGCAGGAGUUGAACAUGGAGCCAUACUGCUGCAAAGACUCUAACACGUCACCACGGCCUCAACACUUCCUCUACCAGCUCUCUGCUGUCGUGAUGCAUCAUGGGAAGGGUUUCGGCUCUGGCCAUUACACUGCUUUCUGUUACAACACAGAAGGAGGAUUUUGGGUGCACUGUAAUGACUCGAAGCUGAGUGUGUGCGCGGUGGAGGAGGUGUGUAAGGCGCAGGCCUACAUUCUCUUCUACACCCAGAGAAGCUCUCAGGACAAAGGCAAGGCCAGCGACCUCUGACCCCUGGUAGCAGCCAAUCAGCCACAGAGACAUUAUGUUGUACAUUCUGUUGAUAUGAUUUUAAGACAGUUUGUGUGUGUGUCUGUGUAUUUGUAGUAGGGUUCAGCGGUUCUGAAGACGGUGUAUUCUGUCAUGCUCUUAAUGCCUUACACAAAUCUUUGGCAGUAGGCACUCUGCAGUGAUUGUAGCUGUGUGUGUGUGUGUGUGUGUGUGUAAGAGAGUCAAAAUGUCAGUCCCAGACAGAAGCAUUACUGCAGCGUUGUGUGUGUGCACGUGAGAGACUGAGUGUAGAGAGUCUUUGAUGUUAAUGUUUUUACUUCAGUGUGGAUGAAAGUUUGCCGAAUACUGCCCAAAAACCAAAGUGUAAAAAAAAAAGGCCUAACAUUGAAUGUCGACUGUUUCCUGAUUUUCUUCAGGCCCUCUUCACAAAAGGGGCAGAUUAGCAAAUAACCAUAUCACAGGUGUGUGUGUCUGAGUGUGAAACUGACAAUAUUCCCCACAUGUCCUCUCAAAGUGCCCUGUCAUGUUUUAGACCACUACUUUAAAGUGUAAUUACAUUGAUUUUUUUUUCCCCUUUUCAAAAUGUCUGCAUAAUUCAGUCGCUGAAAUGUAAAGUCAUUCACAGCGGUCUCGUUUGGAGUGAUUCAGUGUAGAGACACUUAUUGUUCACAGUGGUGGUGAUAGGAACCAGGGGUUGUGAUGUCUACACCAUAAUAUAGCCAUGUUAUUUAUUAUCCAAAAUGAACCUGUGUAAGAGAGUCAAAAUAUCAGUCCCAACCAGAAGCAUUACUGCACCUUUGUGUGUGUGCACGAGUGAGAGACUGAGUGUAGAGGGUCUCUGUAAUGUUAAUUGUAGCAGUAAAUAUGAAAAAGUAGGUUUUCAUUGGGGUCUAUUAUGCCUCAAAACUCCCUGCGUCUACUUCUCUGCCAGGAAUGUACUUUUUGAAAAAAAUACAUGGUUUAAGAAAUAAGUUUUGCGCCAAAAUGUUCUCUUAAACCUACAUAAGACAAUGUCUCAGACAUCAGGCAGUGUGUUCUUAACCACUUUGGAUGUUUGGUUCCCAUCACAGCCUCUGUUAACAGUUCUGACUCUAGAACGGGAUUUCACAUCAAAGCACCCUGAAUGACUUUUAACAUUUUUUUUACGUUAUUAAUAUCUUAAUGAUUCAACUGUGCAGAAAUUCUGAAAAUUUGUGCAAGUUCCCCUUUAAGGCUGUACUGGUGUUAUCAGCUCCUUUCGAGCAUUCAGAACAUGAUUUUAAACGAUUCAGGAUUUUUGUUUUACUGUUUAGACUCUCCAGAAUGUACUUUUAUAUACUCAGUACUUGGGUAAACAAGAUUUUUUUAUUUUUCUAAAAAAAAACAAAACAAAAAGAAAGCGAUUUAGAAUAUACAAAAAGCUGUAAUGUUCCCACCAGCGAAGACACAAAAUGUAUGCUGUAUGUACAGUAAGUGAGUGUGUAUGUAUGAGAGAGUAUGCGUUUUUUGUAGCUGACUGGAUUUGUUCUGUGACUGUUGUGGUUAGCGCGCUCUCUGUGUAGGUGUGUGUUUUCUGUUGAAGUGUGAGAACGGAGGUAAUUCUUCUGUCGUAAAUUCACACGCCCCUCAGAGUCGGCCUCUUUUUUCCGGUUCUUUUAAGUCCACGUUGCUCCACUCUUCAGCAGGUAUAGAUGUAAAACUAUGCAAAUUGUUACCUCAAUUUAUAGAGAAAUUUACCUCAAUAAAAAGGAAAAUAUUU